AUGUCAAAUUCAAAAUCGAUAAAAGAUAUUCGUCUAUGUGAUGAUAAUGAACGUUUGGAGCAUCUUAUACAAAUUUUUGCUAAAUACCAAAUGGCCGGAAGACGAUAUGAAGCAAGAGCAUGGCAUGCUUAUUUUCGGCGCAUUGCUAUUAAUCCUGUUGUAUUUUAUCGACAUAAUGCCACACUUUUUUAUGAAGAUAAUCAAUAUGAUCAUGAAACAUUUCAAGUCAUGGAACCGACUUGUAUUCAUGGUGAUUUACAUAUUGGUCAAUUUCAAUAUUAUUUUGAUGACGUCAAACAUGAAGAAGUACUUAAAAUACGACGCCAUAAAAAAAUUAUUGCACCAUUUACAUGGGAUCUCAAACGUUUAGCAACAGAUCUUGCACUUGUUGCUUAUUGUGAAGGUUUUAGCGAUAUUGAAAUAAUUGAAAUAUUACGUGUUUUUAUUCGGCAAUAUGUUAAAAAUGUUACCACAACAACAGACAAAAUCAAUUUAUGCAGACAAUAUUCUGAUAAAAAUGAACAAUCUCAUCAAUUAAAAUCAUGUCUAUUACAUAGGCAAAUUUCAGUCAUAGGCUCAAGUCAAAUUCAAUAUGAUAUGCAUGAUAUUGAUUGGAAAAAACUUGAUACUGUAGCCAGUUUAAUGAUUUUAGCCGAACAAUUAGCUAUUGUUGUUGCCAAUUCACAUUGUCAACCACCAGUUUCUAUUUCACCAACACAGAAUUUGAUAGAAAAUAAUGCUGAACAUUGUACACAUG